AUGGAAACUGAGGAGGACGUCGAGUUAAUACCCUUGGAUCCUGACCAGCCAGACAAAAAAGCGCGGAUCGGCUCGCACCUAAGCCCAUACGAGAAGGUGGAGCUUACCAUAUUCCUCCAGAACAACAAAGACAUGUUUGCAGGGUCGCCGUCAGACAUGCUUGGCAUCGACUCGAACAUCAUCUGUCACCAACUCCACAGACGCAACUUCGCACCCGAGCGAGUUGCUAUCAUCGAAGCUGAGAUUGACAAACUCCUAGCUGCCAGCUUCAUUGAAGAGGUCUCCUACUUAGAGUGGCUCGCCAACGUUGUUCUGGUGGCAAAACAAGAGAAGGGCAAGUGGAGAGUCUGCGUCAAUUACACCGACCUCAACAAAGCAUGCCCUAAAGACAACUUCCCAUUGUCGAGAAUCGACCAACUCGUGGAUUCCACUUCUGGCAAUCAGCUGCUCAGCUUCAUGGAUGCCUACUUUGACUAUAACCAAAUCCUGAUGCACGAGGAUGAUAAGGAGAAAACCUCUUUCAUCAUCGAGAGGGGGACCUACUGCUACAAGGUUGGGCUAAAGAACGCUGGAGCAACCUAUCAAGGGCUCGUGAAUAAAAUCAAAGCUAUGGAAGUCUACAUGGACGACAUGCUGGUCAAGGCCCCAAAGCGUGAAGAUCACAUCAAAAACAUCGCUGAGGCAUUCAGCCUGCUCGGCCCAUAUCACAUGAAGUUGAAUCCAAGUAAAUGCACAUUUGGUGUAUCCUCUGGCCGAUUCUUAGGAUACCUAGUUACACAACGAGGUAUAGAGGCACACCCACGUCAAAUCAAAGCCAUUCUCGAGAUGAAGUCACCUUCCACAGUGAAGGAAAUACAAAGUCUGACAGGUAGAGCAGCGACCCUUAACCGAUUCAUCUCGAGAUCUACCGACAAGUGCAGACCAUUCUUCAAAGCUUUGAAGAAAGGACAAAAAGACAAAUGGGAUGAAGAGUGUGAAGUAGCUUUCCAGAAUCUGAAGACUUACCUCACUUCACCUCCUUUGCUCUCAAAGCCCGUUCCUGGUGAAGAUUUGUUCGUGUACCUGGCAGUGUCCAACUCAGCCAUCAACUUAGCUCUCAUCUGA